GAUUUUUCUAACCUAAGAUUUCUAAAACAGUUUCCAAUUUGUUCUGUGUUUCAAAUAUAAAAAAAUGUACCGAUUAGCUGUAUACAUACUUCCUUUUCUAUUACUAGUUGUAAUUAGAAAAUACAGAGAAAGAAAAUGGGGAAAAUGUCUCAACAAAGUUAAAUUAGAUGGAAAAACGGUUCUUAUUACUGGAGCAAAUUCCGGCAUAGGAUAUGAAGUGGCCAAAGAAUUGGCUUCCAGGAGUGCUCAAGUGAUUUUGGCCUGCAGAACUAUGGAGAAGGCGAAUUUAACUAUCACGAAAUUACAAGAAUCUCUGGAAAACACUCCAGAUUUGAUCCCCAUGGCUAUCGAUCUAGGCUCUCUGGAAUCAGUGAAAGAAUUUGCUUCUUUAGUAAGGAAAAGCUGUUCAAAAAUAGAUAUUAUGAUUAAUAAUGCGGGAGUGGCGUAUCGAAGAUCAGACCGAUUAAAAACACAAGACGGUUUUGAAAUUCAUUUCGGUGUUAAUCAUUUGGGCCAUUUUUAUUUGACGCUUUUGCUUGAAGAUCUUGUUGCAAAAGCUAAAGGGAGAAUAGUGGUUGUCACCUCUUCCCUACUUGAAAAGGGUAAAGUCGAUCUUAAUGCUAUAAAAAAGUUUAAUUUCGAACAGAAGGUGAAUUUGUACGCUAACUCGAAGCUUGCCAAUGUUUAUUUUGCUCAAGAAUUAGCUAGAAGAACUAAAGAUAAGGAAAUCAGUGUAUAUGCAGUAUGUCCUGGCUGGGUAUAUACCGGACUAUUUCGGCAUUCCUUUAGAUGGUAUCAUUAUUUCUUUGCUCCAGUUGCCUUUCUGUUUAUGCGAAGUCCUAAACAGGGAGCUCAAACAGUCAUCUAUUGCGCUACUGAGCCAACUUUAGACCAAGAAAGUGGUUUAAUUUAUCGGGAUUGUAUGUUGUACAACAGUAGAAUCAUAUUUUUUGAUAAAUUAGCAAGAGAUCUAUGGAGUGAAUCUGAAAAUAUGAUUUCAAGUGUUAUAAAGAACCAAUGAACAAAUGGAUGGGAGUUGUUAUUUAGUUAUUAUUUAGGGUGUAAUGUUGUAUAUUUUAUUUAUAUUUGUUUAUCUGUAAAUUUAAAUAAUAAA